AUGCAGCUGUUGAGACGGAACAAAACUCUCCCAGUAACCUCGCCAGCUCAUAGCAAAUUCUCCCGCGCUGCAAGUUACUAUGACUGGGUCAAGGGUGCCAUCUGGGAUGGGCCAGAUGAAUGGAGAGAUCAGUCUAGGAUCGACAGAUACAGAAUCUCAGCCGUGGAACACAAUAAGCCCUUCGUUGAAGUUAUCAAAGAAAGGUCCGGCUAUGACAUCUCGGAGAUUUCGGCUUUCAUGGACCGCAAUCCAGGUUUACUUCACUGGGAUCAUGAUACACUUUGUGUCGAGGCUUUUUGUCGGGGUGCUGAAGGGAUUCUCGACAAUCCUAAUCCAGACAGUAUUCAGGACGACCUGUUGACGAAAGAGGACAGGCCAGGAGCGUGGGUCUCAGAUCGGAACUACUGGCUUUCUCAAGAUGGAAUAUCAAAAGAUCAUUGGUAUGACGAAGUGUUGGACCGUCUUGGGUUCUAUCAAGUGUUGAAAAACGAACGUUUCCGACUUAACUCAGCAGGAGAGAUGAUUGGACCAGCUCGACAAAUUUAUAUCAACAAUCCAGAUGGUGCAAGUGUGUUGGCAAUCCUGCGUACAGCGCCACACCCCCACGCUGAUGGUCUUCGAGACCUUCUCUCAAAUUACAUCUCCUCCAGCCCGACCCCGAACUUGUCGCUGCGAGUCUCAGACUUUUGGAACGCGAGCUUCGUCCUCAAUUUCAACCUUCCCUUCUUCGCUAUUGGACCUUCAAAGAAGCAAGAUAAACGUGUCUUUCACAACACCAAGCACCCAUUCCGAUCACGAUACCCACUAGAUUCUCUGAACUUACAAGAUCCACGAUCGCGUCUGGGAUGUGGCGAAAACUUCGCUUUUCAAGACAAACUCGUCCUUCAUGAAGCGGUUUACGCCCUGACCACGACUGGCCCAAGUGAACCACACUGGACUUCAUAUUGCUUCGACGAGAAUUUCUUUGAAGAAGAGAAUGAUGGAGACGAAGAUGGUGACGAUCAAGAUGAGGAAGAUGAUGAUGAAAGCAUAGAAGCGAGCGUCGAUCCCAUCAUAGAUGAAGCGGAGCUCAAGGGGCCAAUGAACAUGUGGCUUCCUCGACAAUACUCGUUGGCAGCCUUAGCGAAACAGCUUGACAGGAUAUUAGGAUACCAUGCUCAUAUGUCUAGUUCAAGAGAUAGCUCUGCAGAAAAUGGAUACCCUUCAGUCAAACCAGCCUGGAAGGGUUUCUCUGAAGUGCUGGGCAAGGUGAUAUUCUGCAACCUGAAGCUAAUAGAGGCUGUGGAUGAAUUCUUGGCGAAGGACGUUCAGGUACACGCAGAUGGAACGCCUCAAGGAGUACUGUGGCAAAGCCUGCGCAACGAUGCCAGAGCUAUGAAAUCCCUUCGUUCUAUCAAAGACUCUCUCUACAGGCUGCGGGCUACUGGGGGCAAACUUGAGCAAAUCAAAGAAUCCUUUGAGGAGCUCCGAAGAGAGGUAGGCCAACUGAAUUCACCGAGCCGCGAACUAUAUUGA